AUGUCUGCUAAACUAUUGAGAAAAGCUGCGUCGGCGUUUCGAAGAGAUAAAGAGGAAUAUAACACGGUGAGUUGAGGUUUGGGACGAAAUUGCAUAAUUUUUGAGAAUUUCGGGCGAUUUUUGUAGUGCGGUGGAGCGCAUUUGCUUUCAGAUGUUCGAAAUUUGAAUAUUUAACAGUGUUUUAAAAUUUUGUUAGUUUUACCCCUAAAACCCCCGAAAAUAGGCCGAAAUCCCAAAAUUCCCAUUCAAAUUCAAAAAUUCGCGCAAUUUUUGUAGUGCGCUAGAGCGCGUUUGCAGCAAAUUCGAUGCAUUCGCGCUCCAGCGAACGAAAUAUUUUUGUUUUUUUUUCAAACUCCCCAAAACUUGUUUUCCUCUCAAAGUAGAUCAAAUUGAUCGGCGCAACCGCUGAAUGUUUGUUUUUCUUUUUUUCGACAGAAAAAAACGAGGUAUAAAAUGCGGUGUAUUUUGUAUUGUCAUCAUUUUUGAUGCACUUUUUGUUUUUUGAAAAUAAAAACAUAUUUUUUUAGAGGGAAACCUGAGUUUUCCAAAUUUCUGAAAAAUGAUGAUAUUGCGAAACUCUUCUUUCUAUAUAAAUCAAAAUUCCGGUCAUUUUGUGUCCAAACUUCACAAAAACUAUUGAGUGACCUUCAUUUUUUCAAAUAAACAACAACUUUUUUUCAACGCGCCGCCCAUGUUGUUCUCUGUUUCUCUGGCCGUUUUUAGAUAAGACGAUGCCAUUUUUCACUCGCUUUUUCAUCAAAAAUGCCGUGUUUUCACUCUAAAAAUCCAUAUUUUGUGCAUUUUCAGAUGUCGAAAGCAUUCAUCGGUCGUCCAGCUCCACAAUUCAAAACCCAAGCGGUUGUUGACGGCGAAUUUGUCGAUGUUUCGUUGUCGCAAUACAAGGGAAAAUAUGUUGUUCUCUUCUUCUAUCCACUUGACUUGUAAGUCUGAAAUUUUUGGCUGAAACUGGCUUACAGAGCUCGCCGAGCUGAUCAAAAUGCUCUAAAAAUUAGCUCCAGUGGGAGCCGAGAAAAUGAUGGCGCAGGUGGUAAGUGCUUCGAUCGAGAGUUUAGAGGUCACGGGUUCGAAUCCAGCUUGCAACUCCUUUUUUUAUCGUAAAAAAUGAAAAAAGUAGUCGCAAGGUGGAUUCGAACCCGUGACCUCUAAACCCUGGAUCGAAGCACUUACCACCUACACCAUUUGUUCACUCAUUUUCUCGGCUCUCCCUGGAGCUCUGCAGCUAACUUUUAGAGAAUUUUGCUGAGCUCUUUGAGCUCUAUAAUACUGUAGCCUUUUCAUUUUCAAUCAAUAAAUGAUGCAACAAAUGAUGACAAUUUUUGUUUUCUUAUCAAUCACUUUUUUGUAUUGAUAAUGAAAAAAAUCACAAAAUAAACAAAAGUGCGAGGAAUUUUCGAGAAAAUAUCAAUAUUUUGCAGCACCUUCGUCUGUCCAACUGAAAUCAUUGCCUUCUCCGAUCGCGCCAAGGAAUUCGAAUCGAUCAAUACUGUUGUAAGUAGAACAGGUUACGAAAUAUGCGCCAGUGAAUGUUUUUGGCACGAAAAUGGGCUUGUAACUUGACUCCCAGGUUGAAUGAAGUGAUUGACGCAUUUUGAGAAGCUUGAGAAAUUGCUGACGCAAGUUUGGUAGCUCUGGAAGUUUGCUGGUGUAUCCUGAAGCUCUCAGAAAUACGCCAGCAAUCUUUGAAGCUACAAAAUUUGCGUCAGCAAUUGCUCAAGCAUCGCAAAAUGCGCUAGACUCUAGUUUCCCUCAAAAUCAUGUUUUUGACAACUUGUAACUUGACUCCUAGUUCCAAUAAAAGAAAAUAUGAAAAUAUUUUGAUGAAUAUGUAGAUGCUGACGUAAAUUUGGUAGUUUUGCUGGCGCUUUUUCAGUAGCUAUCUACUCAAAGCGCCAGCAAAACUACAAAAUUUACGUCAGCAUCUACAUAUUCAUCAAAAUAUUUUAAUUUUCCGUUAUUGUAGCUAGGAGUCAAGUUACAAGUUGUCACAAACAUGAUUUUUGAGUGAAACUAGAGACUGGCGCAGUUUGAGUAAUUGCUGACGCAAAUUUUGUAGCUUUGAAGCUUGCUGGCGUAUUUCUGAGAGCUUCACAAGUCUCAGGAGCUACCAAAUUUGCGUCAGCAAUUGCUCGGGCUUCGCAAAAUGCGUCAGCCCUUCUAUUUUCACUCUAGGAACCGAGUGCAUUCACUGACGCAUUUCUGCGAGAGCUACAAAAAUCACGUCAACACUCAAAACACGUCAAUCUCAUUUCAGGUGCUCGCCGCUUCAACUGACUCGGUCUUCUCGCAUUUGGCAUGGAUCAAUCAACCACGCAAACACGGUGGACUCGGAGAAAUGAACAUUCCAGUGUUGGCUGACACCAAUCACACCAUCUCACGUGAUUAUGGAGUUUUGAAGGAGGAUGAGGGAAUCGCAUUCCGUGGUAAGAGAUUUUGGGGAAUUUUGAUGAAUUAUUUAUGGAAAAUUUGAAAAUAUUGAGGUUUUUAACAUGGAAAACUCUAAAAUUUUCAAUUUUUCUUGAAAAUUCUCAAAAUUCCAAUGGAACAUUUGCGAAUUAUUGUGAAAAUUUGCAUUUUUCAGCUUGAAAAACAGAAAUUUUAGCAAAAACUUCAAUUUUGACUGAAAAGUCUCAAAAUCAUUCAAAAAUUUCGAAUUUUGGCUCAAAAAGUCUCGGGAUCAUCAAAAUUGUAUUUUUAGGCUCGAAAAAAUCCAAAAUUUCUGAAUUCUGGCUCAAAAAAUUGCAAAAAUCUUUGAAAUUGUCUUGCGAGCUUCAAAAUCAUCCAAAAUUUCUGAAUUCUGGCUCAAAAAAUUGCAAAAAUCUUUGAAAUUGUCUUGCGAGCUUCGAAAUCAUUGAAAAUUCUUGAAAUUUGGCUCAAAAAAUCUCGGGAUCAUCAAAAUUAGCUUCCUGAGCUCAAACUAUUCUAAAAUUUGCGAAUUUUAGCUCUAAAAAUUCCAAAAAUCAUCAAAGUUGUAUUGCGAGCUUCAAAAUCAUUGAAAAUUCUUGAAAUUUUGGCUCACAAACCCUGGGACUUUCAAAAUUAUCUAAAAUUCACAUAUUUUGGCUUUCUAGGCUCAAAAUGAUCCAAAAUUUUUCAAAUUUGAAAUCAAAAAACUCCCAAAAUUCUCAAAACCUUCAAAAUCAUCCAAAAUUCUGGAAUUUUCACCCAAAAAAUCCCUAUAUUUUUACAGGUCUCUUCAUCAUUGACCCAGAACAAAACUUGCGUCAAAUCACGGUCAAUGAUUUGCCAGUCGGUCGUUCAGUUGACGAAACUCUUCGCCUCGUUCAAGCCUUCCAAUUUGUCGAGAAACACGGAGAAGUUUGCCCAGCUGGAUGGACUCCUGGAGCUGAUACUAUUAAACCAGGAGUCAAGGAUGCUCAAGAAUAUUUCAACAAACAUUAA